AUGCCUCCCUUUGCACCACCCCCAGUCCACCAAGAUCGCGACGGGCCAACUUUCGCUCUACAUCGGGAACAGCAACAGUUGUACGUUCCAGUUGAUAUUCCAGCUGAAAUCAACCAUCGUCCCGAUUUCCCUGCUCGUUACCCUCUUCGUAUCAAUCAUCAUUCGAACAUACCAGCGUUCAAUCCACCUCCACCUAUCCACCGUCCUAUCGCUUCGACGUUUGCUUCUCUCCCGACCGAUCAACAUCAGCAUAUUCCGACGUUCUCUCACGCGAAUCAUACUCAGCGCCCGAAUGCUUCGGCAUUUGCCCCAUAUGCUGGUCUUCCGCGUCCUGCCGCUCAAGAGUAUUAUCCGUACGACUUACACGACUAUCCUUCCGCCACCGGGGGGACGGCGUUGCUCAAUAAAAGCCAAAUCGCCGCACGUCAUGCAGUCUCUAAGGAACUACCAAUCUUCAGCGGGGAACCGGAUGAAUGGCCCUUGUUUUUCGCAACCUACGAGAACACAACGAACCUUUGCGGAUUAUCGGCGGAGGAGAACAUGGCUCGUCUACAGAAGUGUCUACGUGGGAAGGCAUUGGAAGCGGUUAAAUGCCAGCUGUUGCAACCAGCCAACCUGAAUCAAGUUCUUUCGACGUUGCGAAUGCUGUUUGGGCGUCCGGAAAUCAUCGUGCAUUCGCUGCUGCAAAAGAUAAACACUCUUCCCGCUCCCAAAGCAGAACGUCUGGGUACGCUCGUCGAUUUCGCGCUGGCCGUUCGCAACAUGGUAGCAACAGUGAAGGCCUGUGAGUUAGAGGAGCAUCUGUGUAAUUUGACACUGCUGCACAAUCUGGUAGAUCGUCUCCCACCGAUGAUUCGGCUGAAUUGGGCGACCCAUCGUCAGUCUCUUCGAUCGGUAACUUUGUUGGAGUUCAGCGAGUGGCUGUACAAACUAGCAGAAGCAGCGAGCACGGUGACGAUGCCUCAGUUCUCGGGCUCCUUCGACAACAAGACACGCCGGGAACGGAAGAACGAUGGAUUUCUGAACGCACACACCGAGACGGUUCCGAAGGCCAACCAAAGCAACGUUGAUAGUGGAUGUGUCAUCUGCAAUGGCAACUGCUUAGCAGUGGAGAAGUGCAAACAAUUCGUUGCAAUGGAUCUUUCUGCUCGGUGGGCUGCACUGCGGGAACACAAAUUAUGCCGUAGCUGCCUGGAAAGUCAUCGAGGUCCCUGCAAGUCCGGGAAGUCGUGUGGUAAAAACGGCUGCCAAUACAAACACCAUCGGAUGAUGCACAACGACGCGAAAGAUAAAUCGAUAGCGUCGUCUUCGUCCAGUUCGGCACCGACUACUUCUACUUCACAGCAGGUCAGCGCGAGCAGUUCCAGAGAAACCAGAUCAUGCAACACGCACCGAGGAGAAAGCAGAGCUGUACUAUUCCAGUACGUUCCGGUCACGCUGUACAAUGAUGGGAUCAAGGUACAAACCUAUGCGUUCCUGGACAGCGGAUCUUCCUUGACACUGAUGGAGGAAGGUUUGGCGAAGGAGUUGAAUUUGCGUGGCGAAAGCCAUCCACUCUGCCUCCACUGGACGGCCGAUACCUGCCGUUACGAAGACGAUGCCAUGCGAGUCUCUCUCAACAUUUCCGGCACGUACAACGGAUGUCCUCAAAACAACCUGACAGAUGUCUACACGGUUAAAGAGUUGAAACUUCCGUCGCAAUCUCUCUCCGUUCGCAAGCUUUCGGAGGAGUACCCUCAUCUUGAAGGGUUGCCAAUAGAAUCGUACUGCAACGUUCAACCCAAGAUAUUGAUCGGGAUGAAUAACGUACGAGUGGUCCACUCCCUGGACAGCCGUGAAGGGAAGCCAAAUGAACCAGUUGCUGUCAAGACACGCCUUGGAUGGACGAUCUACGGAACCUGCUCGUCGGAGAAUGGUCCGGCGUCAAACACUGCCCUGUACAGCUACCAUACAUGCUUCCACUCUCACGAAUCCGACGAUUUUCUACACGAAACCGUAAAAAGCUACUUCAUGCUCGACAGUUUGGGUAUCAGAGCUCCGCAGAAUCAACUUCUUUCCAAGGAGGACGAACGAGCGCUGGUAAAACUACGCGACAGUACAACGUUCCAGAACGGGCGCUACCAAGUGGGUCUUUUGUGGAAAUACGAUGACGUACGCCUACCCAACAACAGGUCGAUGGCGUUGAGACGUCAUUACUGUCUGGUUAAGAGGAUGGAACGCGAACCCCAACUGGCCGAGACGUUGAGAGCGAAGAUGGCAGACUACGUCAGCAAGGGGUACGUCCGCAAGCUAACCCCGGAGGAAAGUCAGAGGACGGGAGAUCGGACCUGGUACUUGCCCAUCUUUCCGGUCUUCAACCCUAAUAAACCAGGCAAGGUCCGAAUCGUGUUCGAUGCAGCCGCGUCGUUUGGAGGAGUAUCGUUGAAUGCCGUGUUGAUGAAGGGUCCGGAUCAACUAAACGCUCUACCACCAGUACUAUAUAAGUUCCGAGAGCGGUUGAUUGGCUUAGGAGGUGAUGUAGCUGAAAUGUUUCAUCAGAUGUUGAUGAACCCACAAGAUGAGGACAGUCAGCGAAUCGUUUGGUGUGCCAGCGACGAAACGACGGAGCCAUGUGACUAUGUAAUGCAGGUUGUCACGUUCGGCGCUACCUGUUCACCUAGCACUGCGCUAUUCGUCCUGAACGAAAACGCUGCCCGUUUCGAAAGCGAAUACCCUGUUGCUGCCGACGCUAUCCACCGGAGGCACUACGUGGACGACAUGCUCACGAGCGUAGACACGGAGGAGGAAGCCAUCAAGCUGGCCAAUGAUGUACGCUACAUUCACCAACAAGGCGGAUUCCUCAUGAGAAACUGGGUGUCGAACUCAACCAAAGUGCUGGAAGCCCUCGGAGAAAACACUCAGCCGGAAAAGUCAAUGGAGAUGAGCGCUGACCCUGCCAUGGAAAAGGUCCUUGGGAUGUGGUGGAGUACAACAAAAGACGUCUUUCGCUACAAGCUCUGCACGGAACGUAACAAGGACCUUCUUACCGGAAUCAAGCAUCCAACCAAGCGGGACAUGCUACGGACGCUGAUGGCCAUCUACGACCCGUUAGGUCUCAUUGCACAUUACUUGAUGUUCCUGAAGAUACUGCUGCAGGAGGUCUGGAGAGCGAAAACUGCAUGGGAUGAAGAAAUCGGGGAAAAGGAGUUGGAGAAGUGGCAUACAUGGCUACGUACCUUGCCGGAGCUUGAGUUGGUAGAAAUUCCGCGUUGCUACUACCAGGCUGACUCCAGCAUCAACGAAGCCAGGAUCGAGCUUCACACGUUCGUAGAUGCUAGUGAGCUUGGGUACGCAGCCGUUUCCUAUUUCCGGAUUGAAAGGAAUGGACAUGUUCAUUGUGCGCUCAUCGGCAGCAAGACUCGAGUAGCGCCCCUCAAGUUCGUCUCCAUUCCCCGGCUGGAGCUGCAAGCAGCAGUCAUCGGUUCACGCUUGGCCAAGAGUAUCGGGGCAGGCCACUCUAUCAAGGUCGACCGUCGUUAUUUCUGGACUGAUGCUCGGGACGUCAUGUGCUGGUUACAAUCGGAUCACCGCCGGUACUCUCAGUUCGUGGCUUUCCGCGUGGGUGAAAUAUUGGAAGAGAUGGACGUUACGGAAUGGAGGUGGAUAGGUACAAAGGAGAACGUGGCUGACGACGGAACAAAGUGGAAGUACAAACCGGAUCUGAAGCCAGCAAGUCGUUGGUUCAACGGGACAUCGUUCCUGUGGAGACCCAAAAUGGAAUGGCCGGAGUCGUCGCUAAAUGGCCAGGAAACCGCCGAAGAAAUCCGUUCAAGCGUGAUGCACCAUUCAGUUGGGAGAGUUCGUACCGUUUUGUUGCCAGAGAACUUCUCAUCGUGGUACCGCUUACGGCGUGCUACGGCUUUCGUCCAACGGUUCGUGAACAAUAUCCGGCUGAAGAAGGAAGGCCAACAACGGAAUGUCGGGCCGCUAACGCAGCACGAGUUUCUCAAUGCGGAAGUGUUCCAAAUCAAACGAGCACAGGAAGAUGUCUACGCAGAUGAACUAGCAAUCCUAGCAGCGGGUGAUCGCCGACUCCAGAAGAAGAACAGCCUGUUCAAGGUUUGUCCGUUCGUUGACAAGCGGGGCGUGAUGCGCAUCCACAGUCGGUUGGGCGAAUGCGACUUCGUAGACGAGAGCAGCAGGUACCCCAUCGUACUCCCUCGAGAGCAUCCCGUUACUGCUCUUCUCGGUCUACGAUCGAGUGCGUCGAAAUUGUCAGUUAUGCGAGAUACAACGCGCUGCACCAGCACCCCCGAUGAUGGCUUCGUUACCGAAGGCAAGGAUGGCAGCCUUCGUGCGCGCGUUCUCGUACGUGGGCGUGGACUUCUUCGGACCGUUGUAGGACGUCAUCAUGAAAAGCGCUGGGGAGUUAUUGUAACGUGCCUUACGGUUCGAGCGAUACACCUCGAGUUGGCUGCCUCGUUGAACACCAGCUCGUGUAUCCUAGCUCUGCGGAACUGCUUUGCUCGACGGGGAACUCCGUUGGAAAUAAUUAGCGAUCGUGGGACCAAUUUCGUGGGUGCGGACAGGGAACUUAAAGAGGCGGUAGCGGCAUUGGACCAGGAGAGGCUCAUGGUGGAAUUUACCACCACGAGGACAACAUGGCGCUUCAACCCUCCUGCGUCGCCGCAUAUGGGUGGUUGCUGGGAGCGGCUCAUCCAAUCCGUCAAGAAAGUUCUGUACCAGGUCAAGCCACAACGAGUCUCCACGGAGGAGGUACUGAGGAGCUAUCUGAUCGAGGUAGAAAAUAUCAUCAACAGCCGACCGUUGACUCACGUACCCGUGGACGAUUAUUCUUCGCCGGCGCUUACUCCCAACCACUUCCUGCUGGGUUCAUCGGACGGAUCGAAGCCACUGGUGCCAUACGACGAAUGCCCGUUGAUGCUACAACGGUCAUGGAAGGCGUCACAGGCAUUGGCGAACCAGUUUUGGAAACGAUGGGUGACCGAGUACCUGCCAACUAUCACGCGUCGAACAAAGUGGUUCUACCCAGUAAGGCCGAUCGCGGUUGGUGAAGUCGUAGUCGUUACCGAUCCCAGCUUGCCACGGAACUGUUGGCCCAAAGGACGUAUUGUAUCGGUGAAGACUUCAAAGGACGGACAAGUUCGAUCGGCGGUAGUCCAGACUGCCGUUGGACUAUUCGAAAGGCCGGUGGUCAAACUGGCAGUGUUAGAAGUAGGUGCAAAGGAGAGUGAGUCGGACCAGGGUCCAACUACUGGAGGGGACUGUUGCGUACGCCCUUCGUGCGACACCGCACCUACUCAUUUACCUCACUGGUGCAGCGGCGCUGCAUCGCAGGAGUGUGAAGCUGCCUGCGAUAUCCAACCGACAAGCAUAGCUGUCAGGCCGCCGGCACCGGGUGAGGAUGGAAAAAUGUAA